AUUUAUUAUUGGCAACUUUGCCUGGUUGGUUUGAUCAUUUUUCUGUUGGAUGAAUCUGGAUACAGGAUUUAAUGUUAAAUCUUUUUUUCCCCCUAUUCAUCAGGAGUAUCACUAAUUGGGGUUUUGAUAUUGAUGUCCAGAAUAUCAUCCUCUUAUUGCUAAUUAAAAGCAAUCCAAGAUUUUCUUUUAGAACUAAUGAUGUAUCCCGAGAAUCAGAUGCCUGGCUAGUGGCCUUCCAGUACUUAGAUAUUGUUGCUCUGUAAUGGCAAUUAAUAUUUUAUGAGCAUCACCAUUUUUGGGUUGUCUCCUCUCGUAAUCUUUACUGCAUGUGCAUGUUUCAGCCUAUUUUAUUCUUCAGGAUCAAGUAUUGUAAAGUAAACUAAGUGAUUAUGAUUGAUCUGUUCAUGAUAGAUACACUAGCAUGUCCGCAAUCAGUAUUAGAUCAGUUCAUAGUGGUAGUUGUCUCAGUGCAUCUAACAUUUUAUUACAACCAAAAUACUAGAUUAUUUUCGCAGGUGUGAGAGCAACAGGGGGAACUGAGAAGAGUAGAAGACUGAUAAAAGCUAUCUCUCCACUUUCUCUUGCUCCCACAAAGUUCACAACUGUCUUGUCAUUUAAAUGUUUCAUCUCUGGUGCAGUGGAUGUGGACUAAACAACCCUUGAUUGGUUGAUCAUAAUGUUGGACUUAAUAGACUUUCACAGUAACAUUCGGACAAGGCAGCAUAGGCAUACAACUUUAUUCUUAGAAAAAAAUCGUGUAGUUGUGGCUGAAGCAAGUGGAGACUUCAUAGACACUCUCUUUAGCUUCCUCACUCUUCCGUUGGGAACUAUCAUCCGGUUACUGUUGAAUAACCAACAGCAUGAUCACCCGGCCGAGUUUGGCUGCAUUAGCAAUCUGUACCGAAGUGUGGAGAAUUCAAGUGUUGAGGUUUUUUGGAACCAUAUAUGCAAGCAAAUGCUGCUUCGUCCGCAGAACAAUUGCGAAUCCCUUUGCCGAAAACUGAAGUUGAAUGUGGAUGACACAGAGUCCUUAAGGUAUUUCAUGUGUAGCAACUGUAAGAGGGGGAGUAAUUGGUUGUUGAGUACGUUUACUGGUGCUAGUUGUUGCUCUUGUGGGAAAUCGAUGGACAAAGAAAUGAAACUCUUCGGAGAUUCCGAGGAUGAGACGCAUACCGAUGGUGUCUUUGUUAAAGGGGAAGCCAUGUAUUUCAUAUUUGAUGAUCUGAGAGUUCUUCAAAGCUCUCCUAACAACUUUGUUAAGGAACUUACCCAACUUGGCUACAGAAACUUCCAUAAGUUUAUAGACAUAUCCCCAUGUGUUGGACUGAAGGAGAUUCUGGACUUACUAAAGCAGGCAUUGACCUCCAAGUCUGCUCUCAGUGAUGUAUUCUUUGCAUAUGGAGAUUCUUUGGGGAUGUGCACUUUCUCACCAAAAAUUGGGCCAAAACACGAAGAACCUGGUUUUGAUUUUGGUGUUUCUAUAAACCUUAAGGUAAUAUUGAGAAAAUCAAAGAAGAAGAUAGUGUAUGCUGAAGCAGAGGGUGAUUUUGUUGAUUUUCUAUUCAGUUUCCUCACAGCACCCAUUGGAUCCAUUCUAAAUCUUUUGGAUGGAUAUUCUUCUCUUGGAUGCAUUGACAACUUGUACAAAAGUGUGAAAGAACUCAAUUCAUCACGGCUCACAAUCACAAGGCCUUCUGGAACUCCAUUGCUCGAUACGCGAGUCGCGCCCCAAUUUGGUUACAGGAGGCAGCCAUUGAAGCUUCCUGAAGAAGAUACUCCAAGUUAUUGGUAUGGCAGAGGUUUAAUAAAGAAUAGCAUAUGCUAUGUUAAUCCAAAUGGUGUGGUUUCUAAGAAGAGGAGUUUGGUGGAGAAUCCUGAUGCAAUGAAACUUUUUGAUCCAAGAUCACCUAAUGGAACAAGAGAACUUGCUGUGGGAUUUGUGAAGAGGCCAUCACUGUUUGUUGUAUGGGAUGAUUUGAAAGUGAUGCCACUGGCAAAUGCUUCUAGCAUUUGUUUUAUACAAAAGAUGAAUCUGCCAUUGGAUGAUUUGGAGGAGCAUGUCUUGUGCAUUAGGGAGGUAGAGGCACUAAACUUAUUGAGGGCUUCUUUGACAUCCAAAGCUGCAUUGACAGAAGGUCUAUCCUACCUCUUGGAGAAUCCAAACCAAGAUGCUAAAGCUUGAUCUUUUUCUAGUUGGUGACAAGAUGCUGAAUAAUAGAAUAACCCCAAUAAUUUGUUUUGUAUAUUAGAACUAGCUAUCAUAUAUGUUACCAUUGAGUGAGAUUCUUCUGGCAUUUUGAUUUUGAUGCUUCCUUGUUCUAUUUUGGAAGUGAUGAUAAGUUUGGUAACUGCAAGCGCUUUGUUAGCUCUAGCACAACAUAACACAGUCUUGACUCUUGAUGCUGAAUAUUACUCAUCUUUUUGUAUAUUCAUCAUUUCAUCUCUUUGAGAUUCAUAUUGUAUUAUGUAAUAGUGAUGAAAUAAAGAGUUAUAGGGGGUGAUAUUACUGUGAAACAUGAGGAAUUGAUAAUAAUGGCCAAUGUGGUAGUGCAUUAUAGAAUGGUUUUGAAAACUUUUAUCAACUUCAUGUUAUAGAAAAAUUGCAAAAAUAUGGUGUUUUAUUUAGGUGACACCAAUGCUUUCCAAGUGUUCAUGUUCAUGUUCAUGUUCAUGGAUAGAAAACUAUGAUCUCAUGAUUAUUCAACUUCGCAAGGAAAUAGCGAAUACAUUUACACCUGUCACAGCAUAUUGUUUUAUAUAUAAGGGGAUAUUAUAUGAAAGAGCAACAAAGUGUAUAGUAUAACAAUAACAUUUACAGGAUUAUUUUACCCCUUAAACUUGUUCCAGGUUAGGAAAAAUGCUCUGGAGAGGGACAAAUAAUAGUUGAAGAUUAUGGCCAGAAUUCAGCAGUUUGUCCCCUGUUUGCUAAGAAUAAACAAAAUUGAACACAGUAAUUAAUGAUUAAUAAGUAAAGAUAACAUGAAGCAUAUAGCUUCGGCACCCCCAAGAAGAAUAAUAUGAUUUAAUAUCUAAUUUGUUCAAUGUACAAAAGCCACAAGAGCAUAGCACAAUUCUGUACCAUAUACCAAUUGUAGAAAAUAAGAUUUAAGAUUAAGAUUCUCAGACUAUCCUCGAUAUGUCAAAGGAAAAUACCAUCACCGAAACAAUGAGACUCAAAAGAAAAAGACAACUUCCAAGCUAGCAUUCAUGGGUCUUCACUCAGCUUUCCAUUGAAUACCAUAGUAGCCAAUAUCAAAUUAUCAAAGAAUCCUUAUCCUUAUCCUUAUCAACCUAAGGAUAUGGAAAUACAAGCUAUUCAAGAAUAUGUCCCACCUCAGAGGGAGUCAUAAACUUGGAAUCCUAAAUAAAAAAGAGAACCCAAAAUAUAGUUAGAGGAGCACUCACGAUUAUAAAUACAGUAAGAGGAGAAAAAUAGAUGGAAAGCUUAUGUUUGCAGAUUGGAGAAACAAAUCAGUCGGACAGCAUCCAUAAAUAUAGUACAUCCCAAAACCAACUAUCACCAACAUAGAUUAUCUUCAUCUCAUAAAACUCAUCUUUUAUGUAUACAUAUGUCGUGUGAAUUAACCAGAUGCAACACCACAAUUUAAAAUUAAUCCACACACACAUACAUAAGAAAUAACCAAAGCAGGUCAUAAGCAGGUAGUAGGAGUAUCACGUAUCUAUCUAUCUAUCUCUUACUAGUUACUAGUAUAAUAAUAACUGUGGCUCAUUAAGCCACCCGUGAUUCUCACGGUAAUUUGCAAUAAAAAAAUGAAAAAGGAGUAACCUAAACGCCUUUCAUUCUCGCCCUCAUCUUCUUUCUCCAUUCUCUAGUUUUCAUUUGACGCCGUCUCUCCUUUCUCUCUCUCUCUCGAAAACCCUAAUCCCUCAUUCCCUUGGUUCUCUCCUCGAUUGGCUAUUCUCUCCUUUUGGCCUGGAUCAUUUCUCUCGGUGUUGUAACCUCGAUCCUUUCCUCUCCUCUGUGUGACACUCUCUUUCUCUCUCAUCUUCUCGCUUUCUCUCUUACGGUGUUGCUCUCACUCUCAAAUCCAGUUCUCUGUUUCCUGAUCCUUUUUUGCAUUCUACUAUCCCUUGCUUUUGCUUGAGACACACACUCUCUCCUUCUCUUUCGAUGUUGUUCUCACUCUGGAACCCUAGUCCUUCAACUCCGUUUUCCUCCUUUCAGUUCGGGUUUCUCUUUAAAUCUGGCUAUUCUCUCAAUGCUGCUCUGCGAUAUCUCUCUCUAAGAACAUUAUUGAUCUCAAUGGACGGAUGCUGUAAACGGCUGCAGUGACACCGACAGCAUGUAUGAAGAGGAAGGAACGAUUUCUUCAAUUACUCAAAAUGCCGGUAUAUGCCGAGCGGAAUCGGGAUCUGGUCCAGUCAAAGCGAGGGGCUGGCGACAGAAGCCCUAAAGGCAAACGUUACCGAGUUUCAUCGCUAUUUUCUGCCGCGACCCCUCAGAACAGUGUCCGGAGGCAUUGCGGAGGCCACGGCAGAAACCAUUAUGGCGCGUUCGCGACUGAAAUGGUAGACCUGGGAUGAGGGGCUGGAAAAGUGGGCCGAACACAGCAGAAGUCCUUUAAUUCCAAAUGUUAGCUCACCAGAACAGGUUAGAUAUCGGAUGCUUCGUCGUUGUGUUUUUUAGGAUUUCUUUGAUUUUGUUUCAAAUAAAUGUUAAUUACUGUUAUGUAUACUUUGAUCUGUUGGUAUAUGAAAAUAUAUAAGAGAUUAAUUGAGGAUCCAGUUGGAUUCUGAUCUGAGAUUGCAUCGCAGGUCCGAACGUCUGGAAGAAAAUUAAAUUAAAUAAUUUUUCUUCUUGCUUAUAUUUAUAUAAAUUAUAUUUAAUUUUUUUUUGUGGUUUAAUAAUGUUUUUUUUUUUGAGAUAAUGCAUAUUUUAGAACGAGUGAAAUGAGAAGAACCGGCUGAUUGUAGAAAGAGAAAAAGCUUUUGGCUUUUUUUGAAGUUAAAGAUUGGUUUCUGAUAAAUAUUUAGUGGUUCUAAUAUUCUAUAUGCAAAGUUUUUGCUUCUUUUAUUGGUUGUUAUGUUAAUAUAAUACAAUACAUUGGAAUGAAGAGUUGUGUUGAGACAAUUUUUCUCUUUAUGUUUAUUAUUUACAUUGUUUAUUAGUUUGUUUAAGUUAUUCAAUUCUAGCAUUAUAUGCUUGACAUGAUCAUGUAUGUUCCUGCAUAUGUAAUCUAUCCACUUUUUCUGUCUAUAUUUAUGUAAUGCUGUGGAAGUUCCUUCCUUUAUGUAAAUUUUAACAAACGUGCAAAUUUAUAUUAUGUCUAUUAACUUUAAUGGUGACUCCUGCCAUAUCUCCAAUAUAAAUUUUCUAGACAGCCAAGAAUACUUACAGUUUUGGUUUUAAUUUCUAUUUAUCUCUUAUGAAAAUUUGCAAUCGCUUUGUUGCCUUAGCUUGAUUGUAUAUACGUUUUUGUUUCACAUGGAAAUAUGGCUGGGGUGUUGAUCUAAUUUGGAAAAAGUGGGAGAAAAGGUAAUUGCAGGAAGAAGAAAGAAAGCAUUUGUGCUUUCAGCAAGUGCGGUGAUUUGAUAGGAUCUCAAGGGCGGUUUGGAUUGUUUAUAUUUAUUUUAUUUUGACUAUUGAUACUAUAUCAGUUUUUAAUCUUUUUAUUAUGAAUGGCAUAUUUUUUUUAUCUUGAAACUUAUUUUCCUCAAUUGGGGACUCUUUGAUGCAAAUGGUGCACCUAAUUACAUUUUACACUUGACUGGAUCGGAUGCACUCUUAGCAAAUGAUAUCAGCAACCAAACUUUUUGCAUUGCAAAGGAGGGUGCUGAUUCGAAGAUGUUGCAUGCUGCACUAGAUUGGAUGUGUGGACUGGGCAAAGUGGAAUGCUCUGCUAUGCGGCAGGGACAACCAUGCGAUGAACCAGACAAUGUGAUUGCACAUUCAACUUACACUUUUGAUAGUUACUAUCAUAAGAAGGAAAGACUCCUGAUUCCUGCGACUUCAAUGGAGUGGCUAUUAUCUCCACCAUGGAUCCAAGUCAUGCGUUUGAUUUUUUCGGCGAUCCACAUGCAAAACCCUCUCCAAAUACCCUUGUAAGCCCUAUCGCUACUUCUUCUAGCUGAUGCGUCUCUUAUUUUCGGUGACUCACGGCCAGGUUAAGUUUUUUCGAAUCCGUCGAAGACCAUAACUUGUCCCCUCCCCGACCAGGAACUGGCGACUCAACUCUAAAACCGUCUCCAAAAAUCCUUGUAAAGCCUACUGCUUCUUCUUCUAGCUCAUGCGUUUGUAUUUUUUCGAAAGAAGCCCAAAAAACAAUCCAAAAUACAUUCGAUACAAAAGAUGAGAAUAUACAUAUAUUCUCAUCCACUACAAUUCAAUGCAAUAAAUGCUAUUACAUGGACACAACCAAAAUACCUAAUGCCCUAUACUAGUCCUAAUCAGUAGUUCUAGUUAACUGCCAUGGGCAGCCAUCUCAAUUAACCCCUGUCCAGAGGAGCCAUCAUUUUCCGAGUCACGAGACUCAUCAGCUUCAUCAAAUUGCAGCCUCAAGGAUCUUUUCAACCUCUUCAAUGAAAGCUUCACAUCUUUCUCAGCAUCAAUAGAGUCUUGAUUAAGGCUAACCACAUACUCCUACGGUAAACAAUUGCAUGAAAAUAGAAGCCUAAUUAGAGGGAUAAUUAACGAGACGAAGCAGAGGUAGAGAUGGCGGACAACACGAACUCAAAGUUGGAUAUGCAACCUCCAAUGCUUCUGCGUAAAAUAUGUCAUCUCUUACAUGUCGAAGAGAAACACUGACUUGAAUAAGCUAUUUUUUGGAUGCCCAUUGUUAAAGGUAAGCACGCAAUUCUUCGUGUAUGUGUACUAAAUUUAUGCUAAAAUUGGGUUGAAUUUUUGAAAUGGAGGUUUAAAAUCUAGAUUUUGGUGAUUUUUCCUUGCUCAAGUUGUUGUGGAUGUGAUUUUGAAUUGUUGUGAAUGGCUUCACAAUUGGAUAUGAAAAUGAUUUGAUUUCGUAAGCGGUCUUUAAUUGGGUUGAAUUUGUAUAUGAUUUGAUAUUGUAGCUGGUUAAUUUUGAAAAAUGAUUGAAAAUUGGAAGAAAGUUGAUUUAUUGGAAAUAGAUCUACCUAGAUUAAUAAAUUGAUUGUGACAUGAAUUGACAUGGAACCUGAUUUGAUAUAAAAAAGGUUUAAAAAUUUAAAAGGAUUUUUUAGAUUUAGAGUUCAGGGAUUAAUUCCAAUGAUAUAUGUAGAUUAGAUUGAAUUGUAGUAUUUUGUAUCACCAUAUAUUCAUUGUGUUCUAUUCGAUUUAUGUGACAACCACAUUGCAAAUUUUUUGUCUGGUUAAUGACCACAUUGUAAGGGUCAUUGAGUGACGGCAAGCCGAAUGAUGUUGAAGAACAUUCGGGACUGUAUAACUUGCUUGCUAAUGUAGAGGAAAGAAUAGUAAACUUUGCUGAACAAAAAGAAAAGAAUA